AUGUACCAUUGCGGCACUUACUCUGACCAGCUAAGUGGUGAGGACGUGAAGCAUUGUCGACCAUGUGAAGCAGGUUCAUUCUGCAGCAGAGCCGGCCUCUCCAAACCUCAGGGUCUCUGUGACCCGGGCCACUACUGCACUUCUGGAGCCACCACAAGCUCUCCUGUAUCUGUUGCUACCGGUGACGUGUGUCCUUCAGGAUACUUCUGUCUGCAGGGGACAAAGUUCCCACAGCAAUAUCCCUGUCCUGUGGGGACCUGGAGUAUCUCAGUAGGAGGCCAGAACCUGUCCUCCUGUUGGGCCUGCCCACCCGGAUUCUACUGCAACAACACUGGACUCAGUCAGCCUUCAGGAUUAUGCGACACAGGUUAUUACUGUUCAGGAGGAGCAAAGUUUUCAAAACCAUCUGAUGGUUUAACCGGGGACAUUUGUCCAGCUGGACACUAUUGUCCCCUAGGGUCAACUUUUCCAAUCCCUUGCCCUGAUGGGACUUACUCAAACAGUACAGGUAUAACACACAUUCUUGAAAAAGCAGCUCAGUGGGUAUCAAAGAUGUACACAAAAAUGUACAUCUCUUUGUCUUCUUGACUAAAGGGGCAGAAAUGUGUGAUGAGUGUCCAUCGGGGACAUACUGUCUUUCUGGAGAGGGCGUCCAGCCAUGUCCAGUGGGUCACUAUUGUCUUGGUGGGGGAGUGGAAAGCAUCUUGCCUUGCCCUCCUGGCACAUACAGCCCUCGGUUUGGUCUUCGUCAGGUGGAGCAGUGCCUCAUUUGUCCAG